ACAGGCUCAGCGCCGGCUCCAUCGGCGGCGGCGGCGCUGCAUCCGCCGCCGGCCAGUACAGGGUGUGCGGCAAUUGCCGGAAGGUGCCGAGACAGGAAAAAAGAGUCCAAGUCUCUCCACCAUUAACAAGAGGACCAAGUGCCUUUAUACCUGAGAAUGAGGUGAUGCAAGCAAAUGGUUUGGAUGAACGUACUAAUCUUCUUGUGGAAGAAUACUCCACAUCUGGCCGCCUGGACAACAUCACACAGGUCAUGAGUAUCCACACGCAGUACCUGGAGUCUUUCCUCCGCAGCCAGUUCUACAUGCUGCGCAUGGAUGGGCCCCUUCCUUUGCCAUAUAGGCACUACAUUGCUAUAAUGGCCGCUGCCAGACAUCAGUGUUCCUACCUAAUAAAUAUGCAUGUUGAUGAGUUUUUGAAGACUGGUGGGAUUGCAGAAUGGUUGAACGGUUUAGAAUACAUUCCCCAAAGGCUGAAAAAUCUGAACGAAAUAAACAAACUCCUUGCACACCGGCCCUGGCUGAUCACGAAAGAGCACAUUCAGAAACUUGUCAAGACUGGGGAAAAUAAUUGGUCUCUUCCUGAACUGGUGCAUGCUGUUGUCCUGUUGGCACAUUAUCAUGCCUUGGCAAGUUUUGUAUUUGGUAGUGGCAUUAAUCCAGAGAGAGAUCCGGAUACAUCUAAUGGAGUCAGACUUAUAGCAGUCAACAACUUCUGUGUCUGUGAUCUUGCCAAUGACAACAACAUAGAAAAUGCAUCCCUCACAAGUAGCAACUUUGGGAUUGCAGAUUCCUUAAGUGAGCUGGAGGCCUUGAUGGAGAGGAUGAAGAGGCUGCAAGAAGAUAAAGAGGAUGAAGAAGCCUCUCAGGAAGAAAUGGACACUCGCUUUGAGAAGGAGAAGAAGGAGAGUCUGCUAGUAAUUAGUGGAGCAUUUGAUGAUGAAAUAGUUUCUACAGAUGUCUCCCGCUACGUUGAAGAUCCUGGGUUUGGGUACAAAGACUUUGCACGGCGAGGAGAAGACCAUCUGCCAACAUUCAGAGCUCAGGACUAUACUUGGGAAAAUCAUGGCUUUUCCCUCGUGAACAGGCUUUAUUCUGACAUCGGGCAUCUCCUCGAUGAAAAGUUCCGGAUGGUGUAUAACCUCACGUAUAACACUAUGGCAACACAUGAAGAUGUUGAUACAACUACAUUAAGAAGAGCUUUAUUUAACUAUGUCCACUGUAUGUAUGGAAUCAGGUAUGAUGACUAUGAUUAUGGAGAAGUUAAUCAGCUACUUGAACGCAGCCUGAAGGUUUACAUAAAGACAGUGACCUGCUACCCAGAGAGAACUACCAAGCGCAUGUACGACAGUUACUGGCGUCAGUUCAAGCACUCGGAGAAGGUUCACGUCAAUCUACUUCUAAUGGAAGCUCGUAUGCAAGCAGAACUUCUGUACGCCCUUCGUGCCAUAACUCGUCACUUAACCUGAAGCAUUCACUGGGAGGGAGUAAAGGAAUUUUUACUGAGCAGUGCCGUGACUUCGCAUGUCGGUUUACCCGCUCUGUCCAUCUGCUCCAGCUGGGAAGGCUGAAUGAUUGUACACUUGGCUGCACUUUCCAGCUGCAGGUCCUGCAUGUGGAAAGCUUUUGAGGAAGAAAUCAGUGAUUUUUCUUUCUUUUCUGAAAUGUAAUGUUGGCUAUUUAGACAGCUGUCUGAUAGACAGCAUCAGAGUCUCUUCUAGAGAGAUCACUGGGUAAAACAUCAGGUGUGUUUAUUUUUAUAGCUGACUGCAGAGAUUCCUCAGAAGCGUUAGGACAUGAAGAUAUAUGAACUUAGAUUAGCUUUCUUAUUCCUACCUAUUGUAACUGUAGUGGCCACACCGAAUGGCUUUUGUGCAUACAGCAGGUCUUCUGAGAGGCCUUUUCAUGCAAUACUUCUUUCUUUUUCCAAGUGAUGACAACUGUACAGUACUACUUUAAAUUCCUUUGCUUUGAAAAGUCAAGUAUUUCUCAAGAAGCACAGCUGAGCUCUGGAAAGGAGGUGAAACUGCAUUUGGGUAAGGAAUAUGACCUCUUAGUUUCCCUUCAGAAAUGCGAAGGCCCUUUGAGUAGGUUGGGUUUUGUGUUUGGAAACAUGAGUGCCUUUACUUCUUUCCUUAUGAAAUAUACUUGCCAACUCAGAUGCCUUCUGAGCAAAGUACACGAGCAGAUUUGAAAUACAGAAACCAUAAAUGGAUUGCUCCAUAAAAUUUGUAGUAAGUCAGAAAUCUUUUUCUUUAAGUGCCAUAUCAAGUCACAUAUGGCCUGCGAGACAUUCCGCUGCAGGAAAUGUCAAGUAGUUUGCUAUUCCUUUUUUUUUUUUUUUCUAAUAUUAAAAGCAAACUUGAAACUUCUGAAAAUGUUUUGGAUGUGGCAUUUAUUUUUUCCAGAGUAUGGCAUUUACAGCAUAACAGUUUAGAGCUUAGUUUUUAUACUCAGAUUUAUGAUUUUUAAUAGGCGUUUGUUCAGAAUAGCUCUUUAAAGUCGUGCAGUUCUACCAUGUGCUUCAUGCAUGCUUUGGGUCGCACUGUGCCAAAUCUUCACAUGCAAGUGUUCUUGGACUUUUUGCAUUUUGAAAGCACUCAUGAAUGUGAAUCUUCACGCUUUGAUCAUUAAUAUUAUUCUGGGGAGUACAGUAAUUGUUGGAAGUGUAGAUAACUCUCCAUCUGUGUUCCUUUAUUGGAAUUGAUAUUUACCAGCAUUAAUGUUAGUGCACAAAAUCCCAGCUGUGACCAUCGUAACACAAAGUGUGCAGUCUCCUGUCUGUGAAGAGAAAGCUUGUUAGGUACAAAUUAAAUAGCUAGCAUAGGGAAUGUAAGUAGGGAAUGGAGCUUUUGAGCUGGGACAGCUUCUUGUCAUUGCAGAAUCACUGUAAAAUGUGUGUUCUGAUUGAUAGAGUACAUUAUCACUGAAAUUGUUCCUUUUUUUUCUUGGUAAUGAAGAGAAAUGGAAAAGAUACUAAUUGGGAGAAACAUUUGCAUUUUCCAGAAUAUUCUGCCCACAGCUGAACAUCACAAGAGUGUCAUCAUGCUGGAGCAGAAACUAUUUUAAACGAAGGUAGAAUUUGGGAGAUAGCUAUUGAAAGUGGUGUUGAGAUAGCCUAUGAAAAUUUUGGUAAGCUGUAGAUGGAUUUAUUUUUAGUGGUUCAAAAAUCCUAAAGCCUUCAUUAAAGUGAAGAGGAUGUACUUUCAGCUUUAAGAACUAGCAGAUUGCCACAUCAGCUUUUCCCGUGUAUUAAAGAAGUCCUUAAAGCACAGGGAAAUCCGUGAUUAUGAACAACUACAAAUGUAGAGCUCAGUACAAAUGUAGAACAGAUUAGAGCAGAACACAGAAGAACACAUUUUGCUUCUCUCUCACUUGAGUGCAGAAGGUCACAGCACCAGAUUCCUCAGUAGUAGCUCUGUUCAUAGCAAUGCUGAGAGAUGCUUUCAUGGGAUUGGGGAAGAGCAGCGUGUUGCCAGAAUUUCAGUGGGAAUUUAAGCAACUCAGCACUCGGCAAAAUUCUACAAGGUGCCCACUUGCAUUUUUGAGUCAGUUUUUUAAAGAUACUUAAUCGCCUACGAUCAACAGAAUACAAGCAGUUUCCAUAGAGAUUGAGGGAAUAAUAUGAAGCAGAUCCAUGUGAUUUGCAGCAAUUGUUAACAAAAUGGGUUUCUGGGGAGGCUUAAAAUAGAGCAGUCUUUCCAAAAGAAGUUAAACUGUAAGCUGAUGCUCUUGCAAAACAGGUUUUUGUUUCUCAUGCAUGUGUGUUUUCCAUGGACAUCAACAUGCAUUUCAGGUUCAUAUUCCAGAGUUUGGACUCCCUUUUUGAAGAGCUGGAUUAUUUCACCUCUGCUUGCAGAAAAGAUCAGCUGCCAUUAGCAAAUGGAUAGCUUGUGCCAGGACUUACGAGUUUUGGCCAGGUGAAUGUAUUCCAGAUCUUCUUAAACUCAGCUGAUUUUCUUUCAGAUGCUUUUAUUAGGUGUUCAGAUUGUUCUCCCCUAAAUAAGGGAUGAUGUUGCACAAAAUAGAGGUGGGGUUGAAUUCACAGUAAGGGAACUUUCCCAGUACUGAUCUGAAUAUAUCUGUUAGAAUUGGUUUGCCACUAACCUGUCAUUCCAAGAGCUGGACAAAAAUGUCAAUUUUCCCCACCUGAGCCUUAGAUUUAUUCUUCCUAAUGUAGCCAGCAUGGUAUGGUGGUCUAAAGAGAUGCACCCACCAGUUUUUUCACCUUUGGAAAUUUUAAAUGCAGCUUUUUAUCUGCAGUUGAAAAUUAAUUUGACAUUUCAUACCUACUGCAUGGAUCACAGUGGUGGGAGGUGGAAAUACACAGUGACAUGAGGAAACUGGAGGUGCAUCUUGAACGGUGAUAAUUUAUUUCUUAGAGCAAGUUUUCUUGCCAGGCCAUCAUGCAGCUGCCCACUCAGUGCACAUCAGAUCUCUCUUGUAGACAUUUAAUUCUGCUGCUGCUCACCAGGGGCAAAACCUGUUGUUUUUCAGCCUGCUGCCACCACCCCACCUUACAUGCUUCCUAUCAUUCUAACUCACAGCCCCCAGCAAUCUUGCAGAGACAGCCUUACAGCCAUAACCCUGUAAAACAGUGUAGAACAAGGUGCACUUCUUAACAUUACCAUUCAUUGCUGAGUUCAGAGGACCUUUCUCCUGUUCAGAAACACUUAAUUCCAGGAUCAGGUUAUUUCUGGGUAGGAAAUAUCUAGUGUAAAGUAUGGCACUUAGUACUUGCUUAAAACAUUGAAGUAGUUUUUGCUAGUAUUGCAUCAUGUUCCAUCUGUGGAAUUAGAGGAAUAAUCCAGUGGAUCCACUGGCAGAAUGCUUUCUUUGGCAAAACACACCUGUUUGAGCCUUGGAGCUGGGCAGGCUUCUUACAGGGAGUUGUCAUGGGAAUUCUGAGUUGCUCAUGUGCAGCGUGGAUGGGUGCAGGGCAGGCACCAACAGGGCCUCCCAAGCGGCGUUCCCCAUAAUCGGACAGACACAGGUGGCCUUCAGAACAAAUGGGUUUGGGUUUUUCAUUUAUUCGAGGGAUAACUCUGAUUACAAACUUAGUUACUUGAGGUGCAGACACAUUUGGAUGUUGAUCAGAGUCCAUGGAAGGUAGGAAUUCAAAUUCUGCCCUUGUUACAGUAGGUAGAGCCAGUAUUUAAGUUGCCGAUGAAUAUACUAAAUGCGGGCAGAAGCUCUUGCUGUAGGAAUCAAAAACGGGCUUUCUGGAGGGGAUGCACCUGGUACAGGAGGAUGUUGACACUUUAGUCAGUUAGAGAAGCUUCACUGAUGUGUCUGAAAGGUUCAUAUGCAUGUCCAUGCGUAGAGGAGGCAGUAAGAAAUACCUUCUUCCAAGAUUUUCUCAAGGAUGAAACCCCAAGCUGCUCUGGAAAGCUUUUUCCUUUUCUUUCUCCACGGAUGGAGAGCAGAAGGGAACCUUUCUCAUGUGGCUGCAUAAAGCAUGCUCCUCAUUCACCACUCCAUGCUCAUGCCCUGCCACCAGAUGCAAACCAGCCUUCCUUUCUGCUUCCCUCCUCAUCCAUUGCCAGGCCAGUGGGGCUGCGGAGGGCUGGAGGCCCAGAGAAGUUGUGGAUGCCCCAUUCCUGGAGGCAUUCAAGGCCACGUUGAUGGGAUCCUGGGCAGCCUGAUCUGGUGGAUGGCAAUCCUGCCCGUGGCAGAGGGGUUGGAACCGGUGGGCUUUAAGGCGGCCUCCAACCUGAGCCGUUCUAUGAUUCGGCUUUCCUAUGAGACACUCCAGCAUCCAGGGCAAAAAGAUGUUCCCACAGGGAAACCAUAAUGACUAGGCUGCAUCCCUGGGACUCUGUGAGGAGGCACAGGCACCAAUAUUCCACGGCUAUUGAUCGGAACUGGAUAUAAACGGUAGCUUAAAAAAAUAGGAAUUCUGUAAACUUGAAAUCUCUCAGUUUUACCCUUUCUCCUUUUGCUGGAGAGCUAUAUAAUGAAUGUAUAUGCUUUAUCUUUCUAUCUGACGUAACUGAAAAUCAGACUGCCAACUUCUUGUUUUGUAUUAGCCUCUUUUUUUUUUUUUUUAAAGGAAAAAAAAGUUUGUGAGCAAUAUAUGUAGCAUGCUGUGAACGUCUGUUUUGAUCUUUAUAGUUACUCUUUAAUUCAUCAGUAUUAACACCAGUUCUUUUUUGUGUUUCCCUUGGUACUUUGUAUGCAGUGUAAUCAGAAGCUGUGAUGGGCUCUGCAGUCCCGUGCUUUGUUACUGUAACUCCUUGAUUUCUAUGAAGCACCUGACUGUGGGCCACUGGGCGGGCAGUGCGGCCGUACACCACUGCCACUUUUCAAUCUCUUGUACUAUGUAUAGUUUUGAGUAGAAUAAGCUUUUUAACAGAAUAUUGAUGCGGUUUAUGAUUCACACCGGCUGCGAGUGUCUGGUGAGUGAGAGUCUUUGUAUUUAUAGUUGUUGGGGGGGGGUUGUUUUGUUGUUUUGUUUUGUUUUUUUAAAUUCAUAAGGUAGCAAACUUGAUAAACAUAGCCACUUUAAACUGCUCGUGCUAAACAGACCCUGCUGUAGGUGGAAUACCACUGUCCAUGCAGGAGGAGCUCUGGCAGCGCUGAGCUGGCAAUGCCCAGCCAUGCUGAGCCAUGCCUGCGCAGGCCAUAGCUGCAAGGCCCGGCCCUCCUCGCCCCAGCAGGUCACUUCAUCCCCUCUGCACACAGCAACCCAAGUGCGGAGGAAGCCUUGCUGGCGAGGAGGGACAGACAGGCAGACAGACAGAUGGCCCAGCGCUGGGUCAGCCUGCCAGGCCAAGGUGGGGAGCGUAGCUCCCAGGCCUCUCUGCUGUACGCAGAUGGGCUUCUGGUCCGAUGGCCACAAAGGCUGGCUGCUAAGGGCAGGAAUUGCUCCCCGUUCGGGUGGUUGUCCAGAGAUGGCCUUGGUCUGAGCCUCCCAUCAGCAGCACGGUGCAGGGCCACCCCAGCAGGCAGGCAGCUCCCUGCUGACUGCAGCUCUCCCGUCUGGACAGGGAGCGCCUCGUUCCGUGGCUGCUGCCAGCUCUGCCCUGUUUGGGGACAGAAGAAGAGAGACAAAGCUCUGAUCCUGCUGCUCCGUCCCACCACGUCCCCUGCAGCUCUGCUCUGCUGGGCGAUGGGUGGCACAGGGACACGUCCCCGCAUUGUCCCUUGGGCUGCCGCCUGCCCUCAGCUCUGGGCAGAGCUUGCAGGGUCUGUGCUGUAGCGGAGGUUUGCCUGCAAGGCAUGGCAGCUGCUAGGAGCGAACUGUGGGUGUCCACAGCAGCUUUUACCAUUUUUUGUUCUAUUUUUGCUGAUUGGUAUAUCUUUUUUUUUCUUUUUUUGUUGUUGUUGCAGAGGACAGACUGACCUAUUGGGAUGGGUUGAUUUUUUUUUUUUUUAUUUUUUUUUUGGUGCGUGUGAUUUUGUUUUUUUUUUUAGUUUUUAAGUUACCCGACUUGAAUUUAUCUGAACAGAUGCAGAAGGAACUUUUUUUGUGAGUUAAGAGACAAAAAUGCAUUUUUAAACAAAGGAAUCAUGUAUUAACAUUUUAACAGCAAUUCACAAAUCUGCACUUUUUAUGAGGUUUUGAAAAAUCUAUUUAUAGGUACGGAACAAUGGGGUUUGUUUAAAACUGUAUUGCAUUUAUACUUGCUGAAAUUACUUUCAUUGUUAUCAGUAGGAAUUUCAUUGGUUAAAUAAAACUGAUAAAACCUG